UUUGACGCUUUUUCAAGCUUUUUCAGACAGUCCGACACGUGCCAAAUGACCGGUCGCACAAAAAAGAAAAUUCAACAGUUAACAUGCGGCCUGAUGCAGCUCAGCAAGCGCCAAGCGUCCCCCCAAAAAGGAAUGAAUGCUGAGAAGUUCUUGACCAAUAUGUCUGGUAAUAUUUAGAAAGUCACAUAGGUGAAAUCUUAAGCCUUCCUAGAACUGAAAUAAUGAUACAUAAUGAAAUGCAUAGAUAUUUAGGUGAAUACUCCACAGAAAAUAUAAGUUGGCUCCGGAGCUGCACCAAACCGCUAGUCGGUCCUUUGUGUGUAACGAGCACUCAUUGGGCUAAUGUCAUGUCUUCCAUAUCGAAAUUAUAACGUGAUGGACGAAGAACAGCUGAUAUAUCUGGCUGUAGUCGGAUUUCAUCAUUCAAAAGGAUACCAAAUUGAAUUCUGCUACCCGGAGAUUCGAGAUGUUGACAACACCUGGAUGUCGUCUUAUUUGGCACCAUUGGGCUUGCCAGAUGGAGCUCACAAUUUUGCCGCUGAUACGGUAUAUUUUCGGUUUCGAGAUGCCGAAAACCGGCCUGUUUGGGGCGUUUGUUCCUACAGACAGGUUGACUCAGCUUCUUACAAAGACGCCGACCCUGAGGUGACUCGUAGCGCAAUUCAGAAAUCUGUCUGCCUGGUCGGCCGUGGAGCAUUACCUCCAUGGCGGACUGCAGCUGCACGCCUCGAACCGAUCGCGCAUGCUUUCAUACAGCAUCAGGAUAGCGAAGUCCUACAUGGAGUUUACGACAGUCUCAAGACGGUCAGUGGUUCUACGCUGUAUCGAAGUCUACAAGCGACGCUCUGUGAUCCCCCAGCAAUUAAAAAUGAAGGCGGCGAAUGUAUAGCCAACGGACGCCGAAGGGUUAUGAUAGCUGACGUUCCUGAUGAGCUUUUGUUAGAACUGCGUUCCGUGCUGGAGAAGUAUGAUACACGAAUGCUGACAUUGCUCAAGUUGCGUUUACUCGGCAAGAAAGUUCUAUUCAUGAGCUCUGACCUCCCCACCCAGCUCAUGUGUUCUGAGAUAUUAGCACUAGAGGCCGCUGUUCCGGGGCGAUCCAUGUGUCUACCUUAUAUCACGCUGUCAAUGAUGGAAGAUCCCGUUGUAGCUCAAUGCACUGGUUUUGUGGGUGCAUCAAACAGGCUCUAUAAACAAAAGUGGCGGGACCAAUUUGAAGCGCUUGUCGAGAAUAGCAAUCUACUUUUCGCUGAUAAGUCGCUCGAGCGAUUGGUGUCGCCAACGCAGGCCGAUCUCAGAUUUAUAGAUUGGCUUCAGAAGACAUGUCGACAAUCGCGCUGUCAUUGGGAGGGCAGCGAAGAAUGGCUAAGAUCCCAACUCGAGGACUACUUCCGCGGUAUGAGACUAGCCGUAGAAGCUUCUGGGGUCGAGGGCGAUAAACUGAAAACCGCUUAUGGGGUUGGCUUUGUGCAAGAGGUCUCCAAACUGGAUGAGGUGGUUCGAUGGCUUUCGUCAUAUGGCGAAAAUACGGAGCUUUCGGAGAACGGUGAUAAUAUUAGCUGCGGUGGUGUCACUGCAGCGAGCGGCCGAAAUGAGCAAAGUGGACAUCCUGGUGCGGGUCAACCCUCACUGCAAGACGUCAAGUUAAGACUCGUACAUCAUGCCAAAGGACUUAUGGCGCACUUUAAUAACUUCUGAACAAAAAGGCAGAGCGUUAAUUAAUAACAAAGCUUGUAUUUGAACAACAGUAGUAUCAUCACUACCACUUACUUAACGAAGAAACGAGCGUACCUCGACCGUAGAGCAAACACGUCUCGGAGCGCACGCUGGAUCUCCUUGAGCUCCCUAACAUUCAAUGAUUCCGGCAAGCUACGAAAAAGACUUGUCGGUUUGCGUCUGCAUAAGCCGCGACCAUGAACGAAGAGUAGACUGUAUGAAACAGAUACUUCGUUUUGUUGAAGGUCGUCCGUGUGCAACGAACGAGAUAUGUGCUGCUGCGCCGGCGUCAAAAGAAUAUAGAAAAACGCCUAGUUGAGGCAGCGAAUCAGAUUGGGCGUCUCGAGUCCUGUUGCUGCUUCCAGUGAUAAAGCCUCAAAUACCCCCUACAGUUAAAGUAUCUGCGGACCGAGUUACCACUUGAUCAAUGCGCAGUCGUCCCUUGAACCGAUUUUUGCUUAACCUAGGAAACAGUAACAAGAGAGCAAUUAUUCGAGUUUAUACCCAGGAUUUCGUACGGGUGUAAGACCCACUGACCCACUACUUCGUAAUAAUUUAUAAUAAUACACGACAUCGAAACAAGAGGUUAGUAUUUUAAGUGGUUAUCCACGUUAAAGAGAGUAGGAUCGACAACAACGACAGCCAGCAAAGUGACAUUCUUAUGGUUGUCUGCAAGAGUUUACAAUUGGUCGAUCUAUAAACUAUCGCAAAAUAUGAACCGUUUGUUACUCAUUUAAACUCUAAAAAAAGCAGGUCACUUGUGUUUUACAACAGCAGUAUAUUAACUGCAAUAGAUAUCAAUGGUCAGUGAUGAAUGCAGCGGCUGAUACGUUGUCUUGAAAAAUGCUUGUUUCUUUUAGUGCACUGUCUCGUGCUCAUACCAGACAAACAUGUAGCUUACGGUGAAUAAUAAUAAGUACUAUAAGUCUUAGGGGUGAACUUGGCUUAGGCGUGUCGUAUAGUGAUACUUCUGUUUGAUCCUAGCGGUAGGAACGACGGAUGUGAUACUUACUUCAAGCAGCCUUUUGCGGAAGAGGAAAGGCAAACUGUUAGAACGAUCGUUUACGUUGGAGGACGAGUUUCGGACAUUUACAAUGUGAUGUGGAAGACGUGAGGCCAUUUUUUUCAAUAACGACGAUAUAAGGAUCGAUCUACGUUUUUUAGAACCCAACUAUAGAACCUGCAAGAAUAGUGUAUUGGAUAGCAAUUGUAUUUGAGUUCUCUCAUUCCACUUUUUACUUAACUGUUGGACUGAGGUUGUGUUUAAGUUUCCUCAUUCCACUCAUUUACUUAACUGUUACGAUAACGACGUUACUGAUCCAAAGGAUCGUCUCAUUACUCAGGAAGCAGCAUAUGUGAAAGAAUGUUAUUCGUUCGAAGAACGUUCCGUGAGUAUUUUACGUACAAUCAAGCACUAUCUUUUCCAUGGAGGGCAAUAAGAGGUUUCACUUAACAAAGCAGAACUAAAUAGAACCUGCUUUCUAAUCGUAGAAAAUUUAUGGAUACUAGCCCGUAGACGCUGGUGGCACAAUCAUUUACGCGCCUUCGUUGGUAUAAAAAAAGUUGUAAAUGACUAUGCUUAAAAAAUUAAAAAUAAUAUAUCAAAGUUGUCGUCAUGUUACGUCUUUAGUAUAAAUUGAAUGUAAACGGUAUUAAAAGUAACCCGUUUCAAACCCCAAGCACGUAACAGAUCAAACCGUAAUUACAAUACCCACGGUGCAUUGCUCCAUUUUUCAGUUAGCGACAAAAACAACAGAAACGUAGCAGCGAGUAUUCAUGCUCCGGCUACUAGAAGUACAUUUUUACAAAUAUGUGGAGUAUGAAUUAGGGUCCUCUCUGCGUGUCGCAGCGCAGAAGUUAGCCACAUGUACUUAUUUUAAGCGUGUUCUUGUUUUACCAAGAGACACAAGUGGUGGCUGUUUUUGCUAAGGUCAUUUUUGAUGUGCAAUCAGCAUUGUCGUAGAAGCUAAAUCAACAAAGCCAGAACCAUAACUAUAUCAUCAGUAGUCGAUUUCCCUAGAAAACUAGAUGCAGCGAAGUAGUAUUUUCGGUGAUGAACAUAUUUCCUAUAUCUAUGCCGCCGUUCAGGAAUCAUUUACAAUGCAAAGGCACAACUGAUGGUGUCCUUGAAAAACUAAUGUAGUUACUUGUUUUUACAAUGAAUCAAUGCGAAGAACCCUUUAUAACAUAGCAUUUCAUUAUUUCAGUUGUUGCCCUUGAGAUUCGCUGGCAAUUCUAGAUUACCAUGAGUGUUAAAUCCUUCCAAUUAGGUGUAUCGAAACUGGACUCCCAAACGUAGCAUUAGUGUAGAAAGUAAACCUGUUUACUGCUGAAUGAUGCAUGAACUUGCUUAAGGUGCAGAGGGAUACCAAAUACCUAUUUACGUGUAAUCUCUAUCCUUGACGGGUUGAGGAAGCAAUAAAGCUUUCAGCGGUAAGCUCGUGGUUUCCUUUUUCGUUCUUCUCGUGUGUUUUUGUACAUUCAUUCGCUUCUAACAUGUGUAUUUUCGCAAGCCGAAUGAACACUUUGGCCGAAUAAAUAGCGAGACAACAUUUAUUUGACCAUAGGUAGCAUCGCUGAGAGUUAUAACAGUCGUAGCGAGAUUUGGCACGAAUUUAGCAAAUGGUUGCACGGAGGCACAAACAAAACAGCAAUUCGAUUGGUGCCUUUUAAUAGAAUUAGAGACCGGGAGCAUCGCUUUUAAAUGACACGAACAAAAUACGUUUUGGGAUUUUGUCAUCCACUUACGCAACAGCACACAGAUGAAAUUUUCAACUUCCAAUGUGAUGAUGUUCAUAGCCGUGCGUAAAUAUCCCACUGCUUUAGCUUAAGACGUAUUUAGUUGUUCUAGUGCACCUAGUAAAUUUACGUAACCCUAUUUUUUGUCAUUCGAUCGUAAUGCGAAUGAUACUACAGAUAAUAAAGUGUAAUUGUACUCAUUAAUUGAGGAUUUUUGCUCGUUACACUUUACUUACGUAUACCCACAACAGGGACAAUUAAUCACAGCAUGUGUAUCGUUUAUGUGUAAGCCGAAGUUAGAGAAACGACUUUACUAGGAAUACUAUUAUUGACGUUUAAACCGAGUACUGGGCAUUCAUCUUUCACAAACAUUUGCCAUUCUCAAUAUUUGCCACCUAACAAGGAAUCGCCGUGAAUCCGUGAAAUAUUCAAAGGUUUGUGAACGAGAAUUUCUAUUUUACUCACUAUUUGGUCAAUGAUGCAGAGUUAGACUGUAUUAUUUGGUUCUGUUACAUAUCAGUUCCGAGAGUCGUUCGCAGAGAUUAGCAUAACCGUUUUAAUUAGUUGGAUUAUGGUAGUGUAACAAAUGGCAUAAUCGUCGUAGAUAUCGUAGAAGGUUAAUAUACCUUGUGUUCCUUGCAUUGUAGUAUAUUCAACACAAAGAAAUGGCUAGCUAGCUAGCUUGCGGUAAAGAAACCCCGGGAAAAAUUAGAUAUAAUCUAUAGAAAAAAAAAAAACAAACAGCCGUUCAAACCAUUCUUUUACUGUUUUUUUGAAAGGGCAAAGAUUUCUUUGCACCAAUGCCCCUCCCCCACAUACUGGGCAAUACCGCCUGUUACACGACAGGAAUCAAGGUUGAAUGUAUUACAAUUGGGGACUCUAAUGAUAUUCAGUCUGGGCAAACAUAACUGCACAUACGUAGCCCAAAUUGAAAGUUCGGAAAAUUUGAGAUAAUUGGUUAGCUUUAUCUAGAAUUUGGGUCCAAGAACUUGAGGUUGUGAGUCCGACGCUUUACUCACUCAAGGUGCCGACUGGCAGUCAAAUAUAAGAUCCAGACUAAAUAUUUUAGGAAGUAUUGGUUAUAUUACCAUUAAGUUCCAUUUGAGAAAUAGACUUUCCACUAAAGAAUAUGAGACUUGUAUUCAGAAAAUGCCUAUAGAAACACAACGCACUUAAUGCCAAAAACAUGUUAACACUUCUCCCAUUGUUUACGCGUUUGCAAUCUGGGUGUACAAUAAAAAUGCGUACGUUUUGUUUUAUCAGUUGGAAAGCAAAUGGCAAUUUGCCCCAAGAAUAGUUACCAGGACCUGUCCAAGUCAACAUGGGUACCUGGUAUAAAAAACAGCUACAUCUAGGUUAUAGAAAAUACUUCACCGUUUUCUCGUAGGUGAAAAACAUAACAUAAUCUUUUUACAUGAAAAGGAAAUAUAUAAAUAUAAGUAGUUGAGAGGUUCGUACUUAUGUAUGAUAGGAGGUCGUGGGAGAAUGUGGAAGGAAUAAACUAAUCAUCAAAAUGCAAUAAGAUACUUGUGUAGAAACACUGGCACAUUUUCGUGUUAUUUUUUUCAUUGCCGACCACCGCAACUUUUUUAGGUACAAUACUACUGAAAAAGUGUGAUCAAUAUUUUGUUGUUCGUGAACUAUCUUAUAUAAAUGUUUUGAAGAGUUGGACGCCAGCUUAGACUCGGUCAGUUUCUCUCAGCUACGGUUAGGGCGCGUAAGUUUUUGUGUAUAAGCACUGUGUGUUUGUCAGGCCGUUUUUUGUAGCGGACAUGUGGCUAUUCCUUAUUAUUAUGAAAAAUAAGUUUCUUUUUAGAACAGAACUACAUACCCGUUAUAAUGAGACAAUAAUUUUGUGUUCACAACAUGUGCGAACAAAAGCAUCAGCUACGUAACGCCGUAUGAAUUCUAGCAACCAUUAUAAACUUUUUAAACCGAAAUUAUAAGGUGAACCAGAACACACAUCAAUCAUAGCGAUUAGACUGAGAAGGCGUGAAAAUACGUCAGGAUGGUAUUACUUUUGAUUACUUUGGGAUCCUGAUGCAGUUGUUUUCGGCGGAGGGAGAAGCCCUAACGGUUUAUCUUUUUAGGCCCUCUGCGCCUUGUUUCCAUAUUUAGAACUUCUUGCAUGGUUAUAUUUUUGGUAGGCUAUUUGCCUUGUAUUUGUUUGUGUCUGACGAAUUUGAGCAAAAAUGUGGUAGUCCACAUUCAUUAAUAUCGCUUUACGCUAGGACGUCGUUCGCUUGCCUUAAUCACAAUUAUCUCUAAAGAUGGUCUGUAUGUGAUUUGAAUGCUCAGUCAAAGUCGUUACUGAAGGAAAUUGAAUAAAUACAUAAAUAAGGAGUGUCUCCUCCAGCAUAUGCAAACAACUCUUGUCAAAUUCCUUUUUUUAAAAAAAGAAACGAUUUUCCUAUCUCUUUGUACCAGCCCGAACCAAUAUAAUGUAGCUCAGAAA